UCACAAAGCCAGGAGGCUGCCCUGUUCCAAUAUGGUGGUCAGCUUGGCGGAGCUGCGUCUCCCGUUAAUCGUAUCGUUAUUGUGCGGGUUCGGGACCUGCAGCCAAAAAGCACCGCAGGUUUACGCUCUGCGCUUAGAAGACGCUGACGAUCGGGUGCACGUGCGCAAAGGAAACAUCGAAGCUCCGCACGACUCCAGGUUUAAGCUGAGAUUGUUUGGAUCCCACCUGUCCAAUGAGACCUGGCCGUGGGUCGCGUUCGCCGCUUCCGGCGAUGCAUCUUCGCAUGACCCGUGCCAGCGCGAUGACCGCCGCGCGUCCGCUGCGUUCCGGGUGCGCGGUGAGCUCGUGGUGGACAGGAACGACAGCGCGAUCGUAGAGGUCCACGCCGAGCUCGUAGCAUCCGAAUCGGAGUCCAAGGAUGCGGAGUCUGUGUUCCAUCACGUGUGCGUCUUUAAGGGCCAGACGUGGGUCUUAUUCGGGUCGGACUUGUUCCGUAUUGUGCCACCCGAUCCUCCACCAGACUACAUUCCGCUAUGGGGUCUUGUUUUGGUCGUUGGGCUUGUGGUUUUGAUUUGUGGCGUGGUAAGAUGCCUGAAUCUGAGUUUGCUUUGGUUGGACCCGUUGGAGCUGUAUGUCCUUCACAGCUGCGGUUCUGAAGAUGAGAAGAGGAGUGCCAAGCGUCUGAAGCCCAUUCGGAGGAGAGGAAACGUUCUGGUGUGCUCUCUUCUGUUCAUCUGUGCCUUGGGCCACUCGGUUCUCGGUGUUCUCUUGUACCGCCUGUUGGGGUCCAUCCUGCCCGCCGUCUUCACCAGUGGGUUCCUCCUGUUCUUUCUGGCCGACUUGGUACCACACAUAAUAUGCUCCGGCUACGGGUUCCAGAUGGCCCCGGGUUUGAUAUGGUUGGCCCAGAUCUGUCUGAUUCUGACGUGUCCCCUCUCCUGCCCGCUCGGACUCCUGCUGGACAUGAUCCUGCGGCGGGACGUGAGCACCUGCGGCGUCCGUGAGAAGACCAUGGAGAUGAUCAGGACUAGCGUGAACGACCCGUACAGUGAGUUUGUCAAAGUGGAGUUCAGCAAGGGUGCGCUCAGGACCAAAACCGUGGAGGAUAUCUUGACCCCUCUGAAGGAUUGUUUCAUGCUCCCCUCCACGGCCGUGCUGGACUUCAGCACCAUGUCAGACAUCAUGCAGAGCGGGUACACCCGGGUGCCCGUGUACGAGGAGGAGAGGUCCAAUAUUGUGGAAAUUUUGUACGUGAAGGAUUUGGCGCUGGUGGAUCCAGAGGACCGCACUCCCAUGACCACCAUCACAAAGUUCUACAAUCAUCCUCUGCACUUCGUUUUUAAUGACACCAAACUGGACGCCAUGCUGGAGGAAUUCAAGAAAGGGAACUCUCAUCUGGCUAUCGUUCAGAAGGUAAAUAAUGAAGGAGAGGGAGAUCCCUUCUAUGAGGUUCUGGGUCUGGUGACGCUGGAAGACGUCAUCGAGGAGAUCAUCAAGUCUGAGAUCCUGGACGAGUCUGAUGGCUACAGGGACAUGAAGGUGAAACGUCCGACGGCCCCUCUGGAGAUUCAGCUGGAGCCCCGCGGCGUCCACGAGGAGUUCUCGAUCUUCAAACCCCCGGAGGGCGAGCCCAAGAUACGCACGUCUCCUCAGCUGUUACUAGCUACACAUCGCUUUCUGUCCAGAGAGGUGGAACAUUUCUCCCCGCUGCGCGUCUCUGAGCGAGUCUUAUUUCACUUGCUGCGUCACCCAAGCGUCAACCAAGAAGUGAGGUUUGACUCAGGGAACCGGUUCUGUCCGGAUCACUACCUGUACACACGGAACCAUCCUGUAGACUACUUCAUUCUGCUGCUGCAGGGUCGUGUGGAGGUGGAGAUCGGGAAAGAGGGAUUAAAGUUUGAGAACGGCGCUUUCACUUACUACGGUGUUUCUGCACUCACGGCUCCCUCUUCGGUCCAUCAGUCUCCUGUGUCCACGCAGCAUCAGUCCCCGAGAGACCCAUUUGAGAUGGGAGAAGCCACCAGUCCGUCCAGCUACUGUCCUGACUACACAGUACGAGCGCUCACGGACCUUCAGUUCAUUAAAGUGACCCGUCUGCAGUACCUCAACGCCCUGAUGGCGUCCCGGGUGGCACAGAGCCCAGACCCUCCGGAAAUUAAGAUCCUGCCCAACAGUCAAACCAAACUCUUGAACGACAAAAACACUACACAAGACUUUCAGCUUGACUUUUCGUUCUUUGACGCAAUUGACAACUACUGUUAGUGUACUUUGCAUGAGACAGGAUUUAAAUGAGCGGUGCAGGUAAGAGUCAGGACUUCAGGCCAGAUGAGGAGCUUCACAGUCAGAGAGGAGCUGUCUGACCUUCUCCUAAACUCCUUUACCAGAACUUACCAGGGUUUUAUUAUAACAACUGAUUCGUUAUCGUCGUCUUAAAUUAAUGUUUUAUUCCCGGGACACAGCGGUUCAGCCGGACAAAGGACUGGUGAGAAAUAUGUCGUUUCAAGACUGCUGAAAACGCUGUGAUUCCUAAUUCUUAAUGUACUUGCAUAAUAACUCCCGUGAUGUCACUUCCUGCGAGCAUCUUCAUUUGAGUUUUCCUUGAGGUGUAUGCGUGUACAUAUUUGCUUCCGGAUCAUGCGAUGUGCCAUUGUUCUUAUUAUUUCUGCUAUAUUACAGCGGCAGUAUUAUAAUAUUGUCGAGCCCUAACGUGCCAAAAUGUGUUCGGAGAGAGGCAGAUAAUGGAGAAUUGACAAGACGACACUUCAUACAGAAUUCAUUCAUCCAGAAAUGAAGCGUCGGUCAUUAUUUAUUCACACUCAUGUUGUUUGAGAUGUUUUUGUGGAACAGAGGUGUUAUCUUUUAAGGCCCUGUAUGUAUGUGCCAAUGUGGAUGUAAACACGGGAAACUGAGGUUGAUGUGGAAAGCUGGAUUUUUUCACAUGCAGAUGUUAUUUUCUCUUGAGUGUUUUUGGAGAUGAGAUGUGUUCCUCUCGCUUUUAGAACUAUCUUCAUGGUUCCCAGAGAUUAUCAGAGUCUAGCAUUAUUUUUAUAAGACUCAUGCCUUAAUGUGUCCCUACACAUUAUUUCUUCCCCUGGAUGAAAAAGUCAGAGCUUCAAAAAGGUCACGUUGAAUGUGAUGAAAAGGUCUAAACCGUCCAGUUUUGCCAGACAAAUGAGGGCAUUGAUGUUCGCUCGAUACGUGCACUUUGAUUUUAUCUUGAAAAUUCCCACCAACCAUAUCUGCUUUUGACGUUCCCUGCAUGCCCGCAUUUAAAUUUAACAUCUUGGAUGUAUUUUGGGUGCUUCGAUGUCUUGCAUGACUGUAGCGAUGCAGUCUUAAGCUGUAGUUAAUAACCGUAUGAGCAGAAAACAUCACCAUCAUAUCAUUCCAUGACUGUAGCCUGACAUAUAGAAUUUAGCAGUAUUGAAAUUAUCUUAUUUUUAAAACAACUUUAUAGAUGAGUAACUAAACUUAGACUUAUUUGGUAAUGAUCCUGGGAGUUACUAUGCGCCUAAAUAAUUAUUUAUAAUCAUUUCUCUAUCCGUUCCAUUUGCUCAGAUUGGAUAUGAUGCCAGAAUGCUUAUAAUUUGUUUUUCUUACAAUAUUUUUUGAGUUGUUUAGCCACAUGAGGUAAGCUAUUUUGAGGUUUUAUUGUGCAGAGACAUGAGAUUCAUGAGUGACUGAAGAAAUGGAUUUGCCCUAAGAAUUUCAAGUUGUAUCUUUAUUUUGUUUUAUUGAUGCCUAAUUUAAAGAGAAUUACGUAACCUUACGUAAAGUUUGCUCAUUUUGUUGCUGUGAUUAUAACCCAUAAAAUGAUGUUACCAAUCAUCUAAAAAUCCCCCUUUACUCUCAGAACAGCGUGUGAUCCUGAGUAAAUAUUAUUUUGCUGUUAAAAAACACAUGUUGUACUGUUUGUUCUGUUGUAAUAGUCCAUUUCUCUAAAAUAAUGAAUGUAUGUUAUAAAAUUCCUUGUUUUAAUCUAUUUAUCAGAAAUGGUGGGUUUUCUCAGAUAGUUUAAACUUCACUAGAUUAAUAUGAAACUAAAUCAUAUAUAAGCUGUAAACUGGGACCAGAUGUGGAUAGAUAGCAGCUCUUCAGGUACAAACAUAUUUUACCAGGUUUCCUAAAUACUUUAGAAGUUCAGAUCUGAUCUGUUGUACAAAAAACAUUCAAUGAUCUUGAUAUCAAUUGUUUCAUAGUAAAUAAACACAACUCGGUGCUUAA